GUCGGGAAGAUGGCGCCUCCCAGUCUCCGGGAGCCCAAGGGCCCGUUGGCGACCAGCGAGACCAAGCCCGACGGGGAGAUGGUGCUGCCGGGCUUCCCGGACGCAGACAGCUUUGUGAAGUUUGCUCUUGGGUCAGUGGUGGCAGUCACCAAGGCAUCUGGGGGCCUACCACAGUUUGGCGAUGAAUACGAUUUUUACCGAAGUUUUCCUGGCUUCCAGGCAUUUUGUGAAACACAGGGAGACAGGCUGCUUCAGUGCAUGAGCAAGGUAAUGCAGUACCAUGGGUGUCGUAGUAACAUCAAGGAUCGAAGUAAAGUGACUGAGUUGGAGGACAAAUUUGAUUUACUAGUUGAUACGAAUGAUGUGAUUCUGGAGAGAGUGGGUAUCUUACUGGAUGAAGCAUCAGGUGUGAAUAAACAUCAACAGCCUGUCCUCCCUGCAGGAUUGCAAGUCCCCAAAACAAUAGUGUCCAGCUGGAACCGAAAGGCGGGAGAAUACGGCAAAAAAGCAAAAUCUGAAACUUUCCGACUGCUUCAUGCAAAAAACAUCAUUCGACCUCAGCUCAAAUUUCGAGAGAAGAUUGACAAUUCCAACACGCCAUUUCUUCCUAAAAUCUUUGUCAAACCCAAUGCUCAGAAACCUCUCCCUCAGGCUCUCUCUAAAGAAAGGAGGGAACGCCCACAGGACCGUCCUGAGGACUUGGAUGUCCCCCCUGCCUUAGCAGAUUUCAUCCAUCAGCAGAGAACCCAGCAAGUUGAGCAGGACAUGUUCGCACAUCCUUAUCAGUAUGAACUCGAUCACUUUACUCCACCAGACUCAGUACUUCAAAAGCCACAACCCCAGUUAUACAGACCUGUAGAGGAAACCCCAUGCCAUUUUGUAUCCUCCCUGGAUGAACUUGUGGAACUCAAUGAAAAGCUCUUAAGUUGCAAAGAAUUUGCAGUAGAUUUGGAGCACCACUCCUACAGGAGCUUCCUAGGACUGACCUGCCUGAUGCAAAUUUCCACCCGCACAGAAGACUUCAUCAUAGACACCCUGGAGCUUCGCAGUGACAUGUACAUCCUCAAUGAGAGCUUCACAGACCCCUCUGUCGUUAAGGCGGCACGCCUUCUCAACCUGGGCCGGCACUCGCUUGAUCACCUGCUGAGACUAUACUGCAGCGUGGAGUCAAACAAACAGUAUCAGCUGGCAGACUGGAGGAUACGCCCUCUGCCAGAAGAAAUGCUCAGUUAUGCCCGGGAUGACACCCAUUACCUGCUUUAUAUCUAUGACAAAAUGAGGCUGGAGCUGUGGGAACGAGGCAACGACCAACCAGUCCAGUUGCAAGUGGUAUGGCAGCGGAGCAGGGACCUCUGUCUGAAGAAAUUCAUCAAACCUAUCUUCACGGAUGAGUCAUACCUUGAACUGUAUCGGAAGCAAAAGAAGCAUCUCAACUCGCAGCAGCUGGCAGCCUUUCAGCUGCUGUUUGCCUGGAGGGAUAAAACAGCUCGCAGGGAGGAUGAGAGCUAUGGAUAUGUACUGCCAAACCAUAUGAUGCUGAAGAUAGCUGAAGAACUGCCUAAGGAACCUCAGGGCAUCAUAGCUUGCUGCAACCCAGUGCCGCCUCUUGUUCGGCAGCAGAUCAAUGAGAUGCACCUCUUAAUCCAGCAGGCUCGAGAGAUGCCCCUGCUCAAGUCUGAAGCUGCAGCUGGAGUGAAGAAGAGUGGACCCCUGCCCAGUGCUGAGAGACUGGAGAACACUCUCUUUGGACCUCAUGACUGCUCCCAUGCUCCUCCAGACAGCUCCCUGAUCACCUCAACUGUUGGAUCUGUACCAGCUCAGAAACAGGCAAGCCUCUUUGCUGACAGAAAAGAGGAGACCUUGCUGGACUCCAAAUGCCUUCUUGCUACAGCCAUCAUCACGUUAUUUAAUGAACCUAGUGCUGAGGAAAAUGGAAAGACUCCAUUGACAGUUGCACAGAAAAAAGCCCAGAACAUAAUGGAAUCCUUUGAGAACCCAUUUAGGAUGUUCCUGCCAUCAAAAGAUCACCGGGCUCACAUCUCCCAGGCAGCAAAGUUUGACCCAUCUUCAAAAAUCUAUGAAAUAAGCAACCGUUGGAAGCUGGCCAGCCAGGUACAAGUCCAAAAAGAAUCUAAAGAAACUGCCAAGAAGAAGGCAGCUGAUCAGACAGCUGCCCGGGAACAGGCAAAGGAGGAAUUCAAAGCCACAGCAGAACAGACAGUCUCUGUGCGACAGCAGGCUGCGCUAGAAAACGCUGCUAAGAAGAGAGAGAGAACCACAAGUGACCCAAGGAGCACAGAACUGAAACAAGAGAAGAAACGACUCAAAACCUCCAAGAAGCUGAAGAACCCAGAUCCACCACAAAGUGAUUUCACCCCUUAUGACUACAGCCAGUCGGACUUCAAGGCUUUUGCUGGAGACAGCAAAUGCAAGCCCUCCUCCCAGUUUGACCCAAAUAAGCAGAUGGCAUCUGGCAAGAAAUGCAUUGCAGCCAAAAAACUUAAACAAUCAGUGGGAAACAAAAGCAUGUCCUUUCCAAAUGGAAAAUCAGACAGAGGAUUCCGGCACAACUGGCCAAAGAGAUAGUGUUGGAGGAAACCCUGAAUGGCGAGACUAGAAACACCAAGUGGCAGUGCUGGUUUUGUACAUACUCAUUUUUAAACCAUUAAAACUAACUCCUAUUGGAAGAAAACCGUCUUGAUUUUUCUUUGCCACCACCACAACUCUGGCAAGAACAGUCCAUCCUGUUGAGUGUCUGAGGUAAGUGCCCCCACAGAGGGUGCUGGAGUCUACAGAAACCCAUAGUCACCAGAGGAGGAACCAGGGGGACUUCCCAGGGGCCUGGGGCCUUCGGGUAACACAGCUGACACUACUCAGUAAACACUGCUGAGAAGAGAAGUCCAAGUGCCUGGAUUUGGGGGAU